ACUUAAUGAGACUUACAACCUAUGUCAAGUUUACUCGUAUAAGAAUCCCUACUUCCUCUCACACUCUCUCUUUCUCCCCGAAUCCGUCUCAGUUUCAGAGCUCUCCAGUGUCCCCAGUUACUUCUUCAACACAAAGAGAAUGGGGAAUUAACUCGAUUAUCGCUUCCAGUCGUCUCUUUCCGCAUUACGUCUAACCCGACGCCCUGUCGGUUCGGUUCGCGAAAAUGCGGGUCAAAGAGAUGCACCCGCUCUGCUGCAUCACGCUCGAGAGCGCGGGUCUCGGCGACCAAUCGCCGGAGAUCUCGCUGUCCCGGACCCGGAGCCUCCCGGCGAGUCUGGCCGCGGCGCAGGUCGGAUCUGACGCUAAUACCGCCGGCCGGGCAUCGGGAUCUGAGGCCACCGUCGCCGGAGUCCUCCACAAGUGGACCAAUUACAGCAAGGGGUGGAGAUCCAGGUGGUUCCUUCUCCGAAACGGCGUCCUCUCCUACUCCAAGAUUCGACGACCCGAAACGCUAAGCCUGUUAACCCCAAACGACGACGACGUUCGACUCAUCGGCGAGAUCUCCACUCACCGCCUUUCCCGGAUGAACAGCGGGACGGGAAGCCGGCGGAGCAACAAACCCCCGAAAACGGUUGGAAUCGUCCAGCUCAAGAUCUCAUCCUUCCGAGAAAGCAAGUCCGACGAUCGGAAAUUUUACAUAUUUACUGCUACGAAGACCCUUCAUUUAAGGACUAAUUCAAAGAGCGAUCGGGCUGCUUGGCUACAAGCUUUGGUAUCAAUUCGGACUCUAUUUCCUCAUAGAUCGUUGAAUGAUAGCCUCUCCGUUGUACCAACUGAUUUAUCUAUAUCAACCGAAAGACUGAAAAAGCGCCUGCUUGAAGAGGGAACCGGUGAGAGCAUUGUACAGGACUGCGAGCAGAUAAUGCUCUCGGAGUUCUCUCAAUUACAAGGACAGCUUAAGGUUAUAUGUGAACAACGAUCAAAUUUACUGGACACAUUAAGGCAGUUCGAGGCAGCUAAUUAUGAAGCUGAAGCCUCUGGAAUUCAUGACGGUGAAUAUCAAUUGACAAAGCAUGAGUAUUCAAGUUUGGGACCAGGAAAAUAUAGUGAGUGCAGCACAACUGAAUCAUCUGACGAUAUUGAGAAACAAGAGCUUGAGGAAGUGUCAGAUGAAGAUGAAAUGCCAUUUCAUGACACAAAAGAGUAUUUCACUGAACCCAGCAUAAGUUGUGGGUCUAUGAAAGGAGUGGUAAAUAACGCUAAUAAGCAAAGUGAAGCUCAAAGUCAAACUAAUAAUGGUGAGGAGACGCAAACUGAGAAGGAAGUUCAGGAUUAUAAUUACCCACACGUUGAAAGGAGAAAAGAGCUUCCCACUCCAGUUGAGAAGGAGAAAGGGAUCAGCCUUUGGUCUAUGAUUAAAGACAAUGUGGGAAAGGAUCUCACUCGAGUAUGCCUUCCUGUGUACUUUAAUGAGCCAAUAUCAUCUCUUCAGAAGUGUUGUGAGGAUUUGGAGUACUCGUAUCUUUUGGACAGAGCAUAUGAGUAUGGGAAAAUGGGAAACAGUCUCCAAAGGGUUCUAAAUGUUGCUGCAUUUGCAGUUUCUGGAUAUGCGUCAUCUGUAGGGCGGCACUGCAAGCCAUUCAAUCCCUUGUUAGGGGAAACUUACGAAGCUGACUAUCCUGAUAAAGGCAUUCACUUCUUCUCCGAAAAGGUUAGUCACCAUCCAACACUCAUUGCCUGUCAUUGUGAAGGUAGAGGGUGGAAGUUCUGGGCUGACAGCAAUAUCCGCACAAAAUUUUGGGGACGAUCAAUUCAGCUUGACCCUGUUGGAGUUCUUAGCUUGCAGUUUGAUGAUGGUGAACUUUUCCAGUGGAGCAAGGUCACAACAAGCAUAUACAAUAUAAUUCUUGGUAAAGUAUAUUGUGAUCACCAUGGUACAAUGCAUAUACGUGGUAAUCGUCAGCAUUCAUGCAAACUGAAGUUCAAAGAGCAAUCGAUUCUUGACCGAAAUCCUCACCAGGUCCAUGGAUUUGUGGAAGAUGUCACGGGGAAAAAGGUUGCUACAUUAUUUGGGAAGUGGGAUGAAAGCAUGCAUUAUGUUAAUGGUGAUGGGAGUGGCAAGUUAAAUCCUUCAGAUGCUUCAUUGUUGUGGAAAAGUAGUAAACUUCCUAAUGUCACACGAUACAACUUAACGUCAUUCGCAAUGACACUGAAUGAGCUAACACCUGGACUGCAGGAGAAGCUCCCACCCACCGAUUCCAGGCUCAGACCAGACCAACGGCAUCUAGAGAAUGGAGAGUACGAAAAGGCAAAUGCAGAGAAACAGCGACUGGAAAAAAGGCAAAGAAUGUCAAGGAAACUACAAGAAAACGGGUGGAAACCCAGAUGGUUCGAGAGAGAGGGUGAAGAUGGACCAUUCCGCUAUGUUGGUGGUUAUUGGGAAACAAGGAAGCAGGGAAAAUGGGAUGAAUGCCCAGACAUUUUUGGUGAAUUUAACGAAGGCCUUGAUGAGCAAUCAGAAGGGUCAUGAUUAUAAUUCAGGAAACAUAAAUUGCCUUUAGAUGGUCACAGUCGAAACGGCGAGCAUUAUAGCUUGGCGUUUCCUGAUUUGGUGUUUUGUUCAAGAGUAUGAUCAGGAGAUUGAUAGCAUCCGAGCAUUUAAACGAGAAUCCACUUUUAUUUGACUGUAAGUUGAUGGUUAGAUUGUAGUCUUAUAUAUAUCCUUGUAAUGUUGUCGUUUAUCUAAUCCCUCUCCCUCCCUCUCCUCAUCUAUCACAUUUGUUGGAGUUUUUUUCUCCCUUUCUAUUGGUGCCAACCAUUGGUUGAGCAUUUUCAUAUUUAAUUGUAUUCUCUUAGUAAUAAAAAGAAAAAUGUAGUUUUAUCA